GCAGACUAGGUCGUUGUCGCCAAUGCACAUCCAUGUUUAUUCCACCACGCUCACCCCUUUAUAGGGACCACCUCGUCGCUCAUCCUCCUCCUUGCUCCAUGUCCGUGGCGUGGUCAUGGUGGCGAGGGCAGCCCGGCUGAGCGUUGGUCAUAUAUAGCUCCUGCCUACCUAGUAUGCAGUUCUAACCCGAUCCGUGCAGACGGCUUGACGUGACAAGUAGUAGGUAGGAGGCUGGUCUUGCUAGGAGGAAGGAGGAAGGCCUGGCCAUGGCGCUCGAAGCCGUGGUGUUCCCCAUGGAGCACCUCGCGUGCACGGCCAAGGCGGACUCGGCGUCGCUGGGCUGCGGCUUCGACAUUGACGAUCUCGAGGAGAAGGGCGGCGUGGUUCUGCAGGUAGAGGCCGCGGGCGCGCUGCCGCUCGGUGACGGCGCGGCCACCGCAUGGGACGCAGCUCUCUGCCCAUGCUCCGUCGCUCCUGGUGCCCUGGAGGAGUGCUGGGACGCGCAGCGCCACCUCUCCGUGUCGCCGCCGCCGGUGCCGGCCCCGCCGGGAGGACGCGGCAAGGCGACCGCGUCGGCGGCGCGGAGGCGGCGACGGCGCCCGAAGGCGGUGAAGAACACGGAGGAGAUGGAGAGCCAGCGGCGCAACCACAUUGCCGUGGAGCGCAACCGGCGGCGGCAGAUGAACGAGUACCUCGCCGUGCUCCGCUCCGUCAUGCCGCCCUCCUACGCGCAGCGGGGCGACCAGGCGUCGAUCGUGGCGGGCGCCAUCAACUUCGUCAAGGAGCUGGAGCAGCUGCUGCAGUCGCUGGAGGCGCAGAAGCGGCGGGCGGGCUGCGCCGAGCCGCCGGCGGCGCCGCCGUUCGCCGGCUUCUUCACGUUCCCUCAGUACUCGACCGGCGCGACCGGUGCUGUCGGCGCUAGCGACAGUUCUGGCUCUGCUGGCGGCGAUCAGAGUGGCGGCGGCUGCGCGGGGGCCCGCCGCGGCGUGGCCGACAUCGAGGUGGCCGUGGCGGAGAGCCACGCCAACGUGAAGGUGCUCGCGCCGCGGCGGCCCAGGCAGCUGCUGAGGAUGGUGGUGGCGCUGCAGUGCCUCGGCCUCACCGUGCUCCACCUCUACGUGACCACCACGGCCGACCACCUGGCCUUCUACUCCUUCAGCCUCAAGAUGGAGGAUGAAUGCCGGCUAUCGUCUGUCGACGACAUCGCCGCCGCGGUGAACGAGAUCGUCGCGAAGGUCUCCGACGAGGUCAUCAUUAGUCAGUUAGCUGCCUAGCUGGAACAGUAUUAAGCUAGUGUCAUGUAUUGUAACAUCAAUUUGAUCCUAGAACAUGGAUAACUGAGGCAAGUGGCAAUUCGCGCCAUUGUCAGGCAGUACUACCACUCCAUGUUUGCGUGCAAGUAAACAUGUAUGGAUUGGACCAGCUUAAUUAUAUUUUGCAUCUCAGUACUAA